GCGGCUCUCGCUCUGCACAAAGGCUAUGAAUGAAGUAUAUUAAUUUACAGUCUAUUUAUCCACCGCGUAUCUUCUGCCCAGGUGCCCCGAGGGAAGGUGUAACAGGAAGCACAAGCAUUGAAACAGAAAGAAAAUCGCGGCAUCUGGCUGUUUCCAGCUCCUGGACGUGUUUGGAUUAGAUUUGUUUUUAACUCGAAGAUUUCUCUGCUUCUAAAAGAAGCUCUUUCGCAGUUUAAACUUCACCCCCCCCCCUCCCCCUUUAAACCCUAGUGUGUCCCCCCCGAUAUUUCUUUUAGCUCCGCGCUGUUUUAAAGUCCGACCACUGGCGCGUAGGUACCGCGUGGAGUCGAUGUUCCCAGGGCUUUUAGAACAAGUACAGAUUGCUUACACCAAUGCGUGGUAAAGCUGACGGGAGAAACCUGUGACAGUUAGCGGGAGCCUCCCUGUGUCGCGGCCACUGGUUCGAUUCCCACACCCCUCCCUCUCCUCCCCUCCCCUCCCUCUCUGUUUACACUCGCAGAGAGAGAGAGAGAGAGAGAGAGAGAGAGAGAGAGAGAGAGAGAAGAAAAACACAGACCCCCUUUUUUAACACAAAAAAUCCCCUUGUGAUGCAAUGACGUUAUAUGGAGAUCGCCUCUCUAAAGGCAGCGAGUGAGUCACUUUCAGAGCUGUAAACAGACUCGAUGCCAGCCACAAUAUAGGAAGGCGAGAAGAGUUCACAGUCGGGAGAGCGUUUGCAUGCGCCAGUGUGAAGUCAUCUCGGUUGGAAGAGUUGAGUAGGUGCAGAUGGUUUAAAUCGUGCGCCCGGAGAGAGAGAUUUUCGGGGAAUCACCAGGAUAGCCCUCUUGCGCCUCGGCAGCAUUCAUUCGCUCACCCAUUGAAAUGGUUCGCCUCUCCGUCCCGCUCCGCACUGCACCAACACUCGCCGAACGGAGGUACCGGAUUCCGGCUUCCCAACCGAGCAACUAACUCUCAGAUCUAAUGCAAUAUUGCCAAUCAGGUCUACGAUGACGGCGGGGAGAAGACCACUCAUGAUGCUCUUCCUGUGUCAAGUUCUGUUCGGCGGCUCGGCGGGGCUCAUCCCCGAGGUCGGCCGCAAGAAGUUCGCCGAGCAACGGGGCAGCUCGAAGGGGAGCAGCCCGCUGCAGACCGAGGGCAUGCUGCAGGAGUUUGAGAUGCGCCUACUCAACAUGUUCGGCCUCCGGCGGCGCCCUCAGCCCGGCAAGAACCCUGUCAUCCCGCAGUACAUGGUGGAUCUGUACAAGUUGCACGUCGGCGAAGAAGCUCAUCGGCACGGAGGCGCUUCUGGCCUCUCCCAUUUCCCCGACAAACCGGCCAGCCGAGCCAACACAGUCAGGAGCUUCCACCACGAAGAACCAUUGGAAGAGUUGCCGGGAGCCAGAGGAGAGACGACACGCCGCUUUCUCUUUAAUUUGAACUCAAUCCCGAAGGAGGAGCUGGUCACCUCUGCGGAGCUGCGGAUCUACCGGGAGGAGGUGCGGGAGGCCUGCGCCAACGCCAGCGCCAGCGGUGGUGGCCACCACCGCAUCAACGUCUACGAGAUCCUCAAGCCGACGGCGCCCUCCGGCCACGACCCCAUCACCCGGCUGCUGGACACUAAGCUGGUGCGGCACAACGCCAGCCGGUGGGAGAGCUUCGACGUCAGCCCGUCGGUGAUGAGGUGGACGGCGCAGGGCCAGCCCAACCACGGCUUCGUGGCCGAGGUUGUCCACUUGGACCACCAGGGGUGCCGGCCCUCCAAGAGGCACGUCAGGGUGAGCCGCUCCUUGCACCGGGACGUGGAGAGCUGGCCCCGGGUGCGGCCUCUGCUGGUGACGUUCAGCCACGAUGGCAAGGGGCACACCCUGGAGAAACGUGUGCGACGCCAGGCCAAGCACCACAAGCAGAAGAAGAGGCUCAAGUCCAGCUGCAGGCGACAUCCUUUAUAUGUGGAUUUCAACGACGUGGGGUGGAAUGACUGGAUAGUGGCACCCCCGGGAUACCACGCUUUUUACUGUCAAGGAGAGUGCCCUUUCCCCCUGGCGGACCAUUUAAACUCUACCAACCAUGCCAUCGUGCAGACUCUGGUCAACUCAGUGAACGCAAACAUUCCCCGGGCUUGCUGCGUCCCCACUGACCUGAGCCCCAUCUCCAUGCUCUACCUCGACGAGCAGGACAAAGUGGUGCUGAAGAACUACCAGGACAUGGUGGUGGAGGGCUGUGGCUGCCGCUAAAGCGGGAGACUCUUAUCGCCGAGCGGAAAAAUUAAAAAAAUCAAAAAAUUAAAAAAUAAAAACCUUGACACUUUACUCUUUCCCAAUGAAGACGCUAUUUAUGUUUAAAAAAAAAAAAAGAUUAACAAAAUAGGAACAUCUAUUUUGAAAAUAUAUUUAUGUCUACUUUAAAAGAAAUUGGGAAAAUAAAUAUUUUAACCAGAGAAUUGUUCCUGUUAAAUGAUGUUUAAUUGUAUUUCAGAUGUACAUGUUUAUAUGGGUCUAACUCCCCCACAUAUGAAGUAUAAUGGUCAAAUUCUUAUUUUGUAUUUAUUGUUUAUUGUAACCACUUUUAGAAAAUAGCUAAUUUGUAUUUAUAUGUAAUCAAAGAUAAAUAUAGGGUCUGUACAUAAAUUGUCGAUCCACAUUUGUCUGAAGUACAUAUGGUUUGAAAGAAAACUGGCAGUGAAAAAAACCUUUCUUCUCAGCUGGGGACAGGCGAAGUAAGACUCUAAAAAUGCUUCCGAGCUUGUAGCGACACGAGUCCACUCAUUUCAAAGUGUUCUCUGACAUGUGGCACAUUAAAAUUUUUGGCAUAGCAAUCUUGAAAAGCUUACCGAUAAUAAGAUGAAGGGUUUAGGGGAUUGGAAUGCAUACAAGAGUAAUUGUAGCAAAAUCUAAAUAGCAAAACAGUGUAAAAUAACACAGGGGCUGCUCCUUGUAGUUUACAGGUGGGUAAAUUAGACAGAGGCCACAGGCAAAAUGGACCCGUUAUUCAACUUCGAGUGAGAUCAAGCGUAAAUACUUAGAGAGAGAGAGAGAGAGAGAGA